CCUCGUGGAAGCUAAUCUCUCAUUCCUUCAGUGUUGUUAAUUUACCUUCAAAACUGUUGAGUUAAUUUUGUACUGCAAUUCACGGAUUGCCUUUUGGGCAUAAAGUAAUAAUGAAAUUUAGCGCAGAAUCUCUCAUUUUGCGCUCUGGAUUUUGUAGUUUGAUCAUCAUAAUAGCCCAGAAAUGUGAUUACUUUUUGUUGGUCAGGGGACAGAAAGUGCCUGCUGUUUUUGUGUUUGGAGACUCCUUUGGAGAUACAGGGAAUAAUGAAUUUUUUGGUUCAAUAGCUACUAGUGAUUUUCCUCCAUAUGGAAGAGAUUUCAAACAUCAUAUUCCUACUGAAGGACUUGGAAUCAAGGAACUGUUGCCCCCAUAUUUGGACCCAAACCUCAAGGCCCAAGACUUGCUAACGGGUGUCUGUUUUGCAUCUGCUGGUUCAGGCUUAGACAAUCUUACUUUCCAAGUAUUGAAUGUGAUACCAUUUGGGAAACAAAUUGAGUAUUUUAAAGAGUAUAGAAAGACAAUAACAGGAUUGGUGGGAGAGGAAGAGACCACCACCAUAAUUAGAGAAGCGAUAUUUUUCAUUACGAUAGGCUCUAAUGACAUUGGUUACUACUUCCUAGUCUCACCUCGUCGACUCCAAUUCAAUGUCCAAGAGUAUACAGAUUUCCUCUUGAAUACAUACACAGUUUAUAUCAAGUUUCCAAUCAUAUUUGCACCGAAUUCAUAUAUCUGGGUCUUAAUUUUGCAGGAAUUAUACAAUCUGGGUGCCACUAGAAUUGCUUUGAUUAAUCUUCCACCGUUGGGAUGUCUACCAAUAGAGAGAACGCUUACAAGUCUUAAGAACAAGGGAGCAUGUGACGUAGAGAGAGACGAGGCUGCAUCUGGAUUCAACUCAGGAUUAAAUGCCAUGAUUGAUGGACUCAAACCUGUUUUUCCUACCCUUAAAAUUGCUUCUCUCGAUUAUAACAAUCUGAUUUCCGAGUUGAUUACAAAUCCUAGCAAAUAUGGCUUGGAGGUGAUUGCAAGGGGUUGCUGUGGGACGGGCACAAUUGAAGUUUUAUUAUUCACGUGUAACCAGUUGAGUCCCUUUACAUGCCCUGAUGCUUCCAAAUAUCUCUUCUUUGAUGCCGUCCACCUUACUCAGAAGGCAUAUCAAAUCAUUUCUAAUGUAUUUCUUACCAGAUAUGUCGCUCAACAUCUCUAAAACCUGGAUUAUAAUUUUACUUCCAAUUGCAUAUGAUUGGCUACAAAGGUGUAAUAUCCCCUAAAAAUUAUGUUCAUACUUUUGUAUGACCCUAGUGCCAAUGUAAUUUGGAUUGGGGAUGGAAUUUUGUCCACAGUAAAUAUGUGUCAGUUUCGAACUUUGAUGUUAGUAUUAUUGAAUA